AUGCAUUGGCCGCCCCUGUCACAACUCGUAAUCCCCAUCCUCAUCCAAUGUACCAGCGCCAGCCAGAGCGCAAACAGUAGCCCCCAGCCUCUGCCAAAUGGCGAUGACUCCGUCUGUGACUGCUUCCUCACCAAUGGCACACAGCCCGGCUACUUCUCCAACCACAUGUUCUUCGACUUCCGGAACCUGACCAAAGACGCCGGGAUCCCGCCGAUUGUGACCAAUGUCACCAACGCAACCUAUGUCCCGCCAACGAGCGAGUACUUUUCCAGUGACGAGUGGACGAGCGUCUGGCAGCUCCAGGGAUGGAGCAAUAGCGAGGGCAAGGGAAAGGGCCUGUCCGGGGCGGCGACGGUCCUGAUGGCCUACUCCCCAGCCAACGUGUACAUCCAGAAGAACGGCGACGACGAUGCGGACUCGCAGACGUUCCUGGCGCUGAGGACCCAGCGGGAGCCAAAGUUUCAGUCGGCGGCGGCCUUCCAGACCAAGACGUCGGACUACCAGUUCGUGUCUCUGCGCAUGCUCGCCCGAACAGUCGGCAGCCCGGGAGCCGUGACGGCAAUGUUCACGUAUCGCGAUGCCACCGCCUCGUCGAGCCUGCAGGAGUCGGACUUUGAAGUCUUGACGCGCGGUCCCCGGGAAAGGGUCCAGCUCACGAACCAGCCCUCCUUCGACAGCGACGGCAAGGUGAACCCGGAGGCCACCACCAACGCCACGCUGCCGGGCGACAUGAUCUGGAGCCAAUGGGCCGUCUACCGGCUCGACUGGACGGCUGAUAGCAGCGUCUGGUAUGUAAACGGCCAGCAGCUGGCCAAUAUCACCUUCCAGGUGCCCCAGGACGGCGCCGGCAUCAAUUUCAACGCCUGGUCUGACGGAGGGACUUGGAGCGGAAACAUGAGCGUGUAUGACCAAGCGAACCUGCAGAUCCAGUGGAUCGAGAUGAUUUACAACACCUCUUCUGCCUCCCAGCGGAAGCGGGAGCGGGAUCCUACACACGGCCUCCUCUGGAGCCGCGACGCCGGGCCCCAUGGCGAACUGCCCCGGCGGCGCGACUUGUCUCUCCGCAGCAGCAGCAGCAGCAGUGACGAGAGCGGCUGCAAGGUCGUUUGCAGCAUCGACAACGUUACGGAAGCGGGAGUUGCUACCAUGCUGUGGAAUACCAGUAGCACAGCCACGCGGAUGGCCGGUGCUGACGCCGUGAGAGACAUUGCAUGGGCGUGGGCCCUCCUUGUUGGGAGUCUUGUAUGGCUUAUGGUCACUUGA